ACGGUUACAUUUUGGGCGUGUUACUCCAUUUCACAUUUAUAUUAAUAAGCCACUGGAAAAUGUCUAACAAAAGUAAAAUGGGAGCAUUUAAUUACUGCACGCAAGUGGCCCUCUGCAUAUCCGUGUUAUCCGUAGUUUUCUUUGUAAUCGCGUUUUCAACACCGUAUUGGUUGGUUACAGACGGACGUUCACAAGAUCCAAGGUUUACCAACCUCGGCCUAUGGGAAGUUUGUUUUAACAACUUCCAGGACAUACACAGAUUUUUUGACAAUCGCUUCAACGGUUGCAUGUGGGUUUUUGAAGAGGAAUAUUACAUCAUACACGAUUUUCUUCUGCCAGGUUUUUACAUAUCUGUACAACUUUUUGCAACACUUUGCUUUGUUAUGUGCCUGGUUGCCCUGCUACUCACUGUAGCUUUUCUUCGCACUUCUCGCGAUGAUGAUCGAUACAUUGUGCUGUUGCUGAUGAUUGGUUCCUGCCAGGUUGUGGGUUCAGUGUUUGGAUUUAUAGCCGUGGUCAUUUUCGGAGCUAAGGGAGACUCUCGCGAUUGGAUGCCUGGUUGGCAAAACAACGAUAUGGGUUGGUCAUUUGCGUUGGGCGUGGUUGGAGCUGUGCUGUUAUUGCCGCCUGGUGUGCUUUACAUGGUAGAAGCAAGGCGGGAAAGAUAUAAGCGUCUAAACGAAAUCGGAAAUCGGGAGGUCAGUGAAUUUGGAGACGACUAUUAUCAGAACCAGCCACACCUCGUCGCUAUGCCCAAUGCAUCAACCCAAUUCCAAAAUGUGUUUGCAUCUGAGCCUAGUCGUCCACGACGUCCACAGCAAAGUGGUACACCAAUCGAACCAGUACAAGGAAGAAUUCAAACCGAUAUAUAGCAUUCAAAAAAUAUAAAAAAUUGAUUCUUAAAUCAAUUGGCUUUCCGUCCGCUUCAAAUAUUUUAAGCUAUUUUUCUAAGAUCCUUAAUCAAUAAAUUGUCAACAAAUAUAUGCUAAAUAAAAUCUUUUUUGUAUUUGCAUUUUAA